AUGCUUCCAUCCUCGCCAUCGUUUCUAUCCUCAUUUGAUCCUGCCAUUCACCUCCACUCUGAAGGGUUUGGCAACCAAAACCCGCCCUCCGAAUCAUUCUCCGACGAUAUCGAGGCAAUCCACUUCGACCGUCGCGAACAAACUCGCAAUCGAGUUGUGAUCCAACAUAGAGCGUGGGAUCUAUCUGAUGUGUUUCGCAGCGAAGACGACAUACGACCUAUAGAUACGCCGACGAAGAACGUUACGACUCCGAGACCACUUUCUCGCACUCCUACUCAAAAUCCCAAUUUUAUGCCGUCCUCGCCGCCUGUUUCAAUAAUGCCGUUUAUAGCGUCCCCGGACGCGCUUGCACCCACGUCUGGCAAUGCGACGAACGAUUCGCAUAAGAGAAAAGUACCAAAUGCGGAGGCAGGCGUGCCGCCGAAGGAGCCUAAGCGCCAGCGCAUGGUUGGAGGCUUCGUUGAUGACGAUGACGAUGACGAAGAAGACGACCUCGCUGCGUUCCGGGACGAGCAGACGAAGAAUCAAUAUGACCUGCCCGAACACUUCUUCCAGGAGCCUCCGGCGGAACUCCCUAGUAUACUAGCGCGGAUGCCGGCAUCUACGAAAUUGAACGAGACGACAAAUGCUACACCUAGCUCUUCACGAACACUACCACAACCGACACCUCGACCCGCUCCAACGGCCCCUAAGAGGUUCCAGAUCAAGACCUGUGCUGGCAAGACUCAUAAUGUCCCGCAAAGGAAGACCCAGGCACCCGUUUCUUAUAAACAAAUGAUUGCUAGUCGGUCCGAGACAGAACCUGGAAAAGCUACGAAGAGCUAUUACGGUAUCGACAUCCAUCAAUUGUUGGACGAUGCCGCCAACGACAAAGAGCCCACACCCACAGUUCCUCAACCCCCAGUCCAGAAAACCAUCGAAGCGAACAAUGUUAGCUCAAAGCAGAAGAAGAUAGACUCUGCGAUGUGGACAGAGAAAUACCGUGCUCGUAAAUUCACCGAUCUCAUUGGAGAUGAACGCACUCAUCGAUCAGUCCUACGCUGGCUCAAGGGAUGGGAGUCAAUUGUGUUCCCUGGUCUGGCCAAGUCUCGCGCGAAGAAACCUGCCAAGGAGGAUGAAGAAGAGUAUAUCCAUCGAAAGGUUCUCUUACUGAGUGGACCUCCAGGACUUGGAAAGACGACAUUAGCGCACGUAUGUGCCAGACAGGCUGGCUUCGAAGUGCUUGAAAUCAAUGCAAGUGAUGACCGCAGCAGGGAUGUGGUCAAAGGCCGCAUCCGUGAUGCGCUGGGAACGGAGAACGUCAAAGGCAUGAACGUGGAGGUCGGUGAGAAAAAGGUCCGCCGUGCCGGUAAACCCGUGUGUGUUGUGGUGGACGAAGUCGACGGUGUCACUGGUGGUUCUGGAAGUGGUGGUGAGGGCGGUUUUAUGAAGGCCCUCAUUGACCUUGUUUUGCUUGACCAGCGGAACGCGAAGUGGUCUUCGGAGGGUAAUAAGGGCAAGAAGCGCAAGGGUGACAACUUCCGAUUCAUGCGGCCAUUGAUUUUGGUUUGCAACGACCUCUACCACAGCAGUCUCCGGCCUCUCAGGGCAUCAUCCAUUGCAGAGAUGAUCACUGUCCGCCAGGCACCAUUGGAGAAUGUUGUUCAACGAGUCAAGGGUAUAUUCGGCCGCGAAGGCAUCCCGUGUGACAGUGAUGGAGCCCGAAGGCUCUGUGAAGCAGCCUGGGGCAUGGCGAGCAGAAAAAACCGCAAUGCCAAAACCCAAGGGUCUGCCGAGGGCGAUAUUCGUAGCGUGCUUGUUGCCGCAGAAUUCGUGGCGCACAAGCUUCGAAACGAGUCGCCAUCCUCGCUCAGACUGACGAGGAACUGGCUGGAGAAUCGAGUCCUCAAUGCAUCGGCUGAGGGUAGCGCGUUCUUCAAAGAGUUAAGUCGUGGGGGAGUCCGUGAGAUUGUGAACCGUGUUUUCACAGAGGGAGCUGGCUUCUCAGAUGCUCCUGUUGGCAUGAGUUUCCAAGAUCGCUUCGAUACCGCCACCAGCCGUGUUCCUGUCGGCGUGGCUGAUCUACGCAAGCGACACGCAAUCAACCGAUUGCGGGAAAUGAUCGAUUCCAAUGGUGAUCAUGACCGCUGUGUAUCGGACUGCUUCGCUUCAUAUCCUAUCCAGCAAUACCAGGAUGAUAAUUAUUUCUCCAAACCCAACGCUGCACAUGACUGGCUUCAUUUCCAUGACUCAGUCAGCUCGAAAGUCCAUUCAUCCCAAGAGUGGGAACUGAUUCCAUACCUUAGCCAGUCCGUUGUCGCAUUCCAUCAUCUAUUUGCCACUGCCACUGGUAGAACCACCGAGGAUGACAAGAACGAAGAUGACGAGGAACUCGAAGAGCCUCAUCCUUUCUCAGGACCCAAAGCCGACUUUGCUGCAUUCGAAGCGCAAAAGCAGAACCGCGCGGCCAUGACCGCAUUCCACGCUUCCUUGUCGGCACCCAUGGCUCGUCUUUUCCGGUCGAAUGAAAGUAUAAUCAUAGAUCUAGUCCCUUACUUGAUCCGCAUGCUAUCACCAGACGUCAAGCCGGUUAUUAUCCGUGGAAACGGAGAGCAGAAAAGCACUGCCACUGUCCGCAAAGAGUCUGAACGUGCGCUUGUGCAGUCUACAGUGCGUGUCAUGACCGGGAUGGGCGUGACUUUUGAAAAAGUUCGAGUGGAACAUGAAGGAAGCCACGGUGGAUGGGCGUAUAGAAUGGAACCACCAAUCGACUCACUUGUGGUCUUCUCGAAGAUCAAAGGUAGCACCAUCGAGGCUUCGGGUGGUACAGCGCCGGUGCGGUAUGCCGUCCGCCAGGUGUUAGAUCAAGAGUACCGCAAGGCGACGAUGCGCAAGCAGUCUGAUGUCAUGAGCUCUAGACUCGGCGGCAAGGGUCCUAGGAAUUCCGACGAUACGGCCGCAGCCAAAGUACUAAAGGAUGCAGCUGUUAAACGCGACUUCUUUGGUCGAACGAUUGUACAGCCUGCACCGCAGCCCAAUGAUCUAAACAAUUCAGAUACCUGGGCUGAUGAGUCGUCUAAGGCUGGACGGAAAGUCUGGGUUACUUUCCACGAAGGAUUCUCGAAUGCAGUGCGGAAACCCAUAUCUAUGGGAGAGUUGAUGGCUGGGUUGUAA